GGCCGACAAGGAACCCCCACGACUACAAGCUCUACGCUCGGAGGUUCGAACGGGUGUCCAUGCACAACAAUGGUCAAAUAUGGAUGCACUGGAGGACGGGAUCUUCGACAUCGCCUGCAAGCACUACUCAUUGGAGCCCAAGCCGGCUGCCCAAGUGGAGGCCACUCAGGAACUAGCUAAUUGUGCUAGGCAGAUGUGGGCUCUGUUCCGAGACAUGCGCUCUCAUUCCUUCACCGCGGCGGGGGUCUUCGAGGCAUGGCAACAAUGGGCCAAGUUCACCCAGGCUCAUCGGGAACACAAGCAACGAUCCAAGAAUCGCAGCAAGGCAUGGAAACUUGAGCUACUCCAACAAGCUCAGCAGGCUGCCAAAGUCGGCGACAUGCACAAGGCAGUACCGGCAGAGGCUGCACCCUCAGUGAUAUGGCGAGCAUGCUCUUCAGAGGUGGCACAGUUCAUCUCGGCACAGAUCAAUCAGCAGUGGCAGCAAGAGCACCUCAUGGUUCCGCAACGAUGGGCUGACGCCUCAGUAGCAUUGCUACCGCUACCGAAACCGAAGAACAAAAAUGACACCCCAGCUGAUUGGAGGCCAAUUGGCCUUCAGCAUCCCAUUGGGAAGAGCAUCAUGCGGAUUGUCAUCUCACAGGCAAAGGAUCAAAUUCAUCGUUUAGUCCAGGAAUGGCCUCAGUGCGUUUAUGUUCCUCAAAGGAGCACAAUCACGGCCCUCAAAAGGGUGUACCAGCACUGCUUCAGAGUCAGGGAGGCGGGCUCCCAACAUCGACUCACUCUGCAUCAGAAGCAGGAGGGACUUGAGCAAAUCCCCAAUUCGGGGGGACUGCAGGUCUCGAUGGACUUGUCUGCGGCUUUCGACUUGGUCCCAUGGCACGCCAUCAAGGAGGCAAUGGAAUUGGCAGAAGUAGAUCCAUCCGUUCAGGAGCUCUUGUUACAAUGGCUUGGUCAGGUUCGCUACAAGUUCCAGCACAAAGGCUUGGAGAAGGAGAUUUGGCCCUCCUGGGGUCUUCGUCAAGGCUGCAUUGGUAGUCCGAUUUUGUGGGCUGCAUUUACGGCAUUGUUGGGCAAGGCAAUUGACACUCGCAUCCAGGCCAAUCGGUCCACUCUACGCAUCGGCUGCAUUCAAGACAGGAGGAUGGGCAUGAAAGUCAACAACAGCAAAACCCAGGCGAUCAUGAGCCUCACUGGAGAUCCUACGACGUGGAUCCUGUUGGUGGACAAGGCGGAAUACUUAGGCCCAUCAACGAAGGUGGGCUAUGGCCUCCAUACUCCAUACAAGACAGAUGUCAGCAUUUUCAACACUCUCAUGCAGAUCUUUACAGACAAUUGCAGAAAACAGCCCAACGCCUUAUCGACCAACGAGCCACUCCUUGCAGCACUUGCCACUAUUGCGGCAGUAUUCACAAGGCCCAUGUACACCAUGGACGAGGAGAUGGAUGCGUUCUUUGGGUCAGUUCAGGAGGAACUACGCAUUCUUCGUCAAGACACGGCGUUCAUACUGUUCUUGAAACCGGGACAAGACUCGAUAAUGCAUCACCUCUACCAGACGGCAGUGACCUUCAAGGCCAAACAAGAAGCGGAGCCCCAGUGGCAGCUGGGACAGAUGCCACUCCGCAUGGUGCUGGCAAUCGCCUUGUUCAAGGAAGUCACGGAUCGCCUCAACAACACCCUGGCGAGUCAGGAGAAGCUCAAAAGGGCGACGGUGGACAAGGCACGACCCCCAAUCCCGGACGAUCAGAAGAUGACGGAGACGAUGAGCUCAGCGGCCACUUACAAGAUGGACUUGUCGCUUCGCAGCCACAGUGCCGUGACUAUGUGGGACACGGUCAAGAUGCUUCAGGGCAAUGCAGUGUUCCAGCUAGCAGGCAUGGCUUACAAAACGGACAGUCUCGCCCGCAGCCCGGCCGAGCAGAAGAUCAUGGACAUGUUGUAUGGCCGCCGGGGCUAA